CAUAGAAGUUGGAAUAGGAGAAUUCCUCUCGCCCGUGAGUUUGUCACUGCUGCUCGCAUUUCUGGUCUUGGUCUUCUGGUUUAUCAUUCUGACCCACGUCACAAAUCAAGUCUUAUCUUAUAUUUCUAAGCAGCUGGAUUCUCCUCCGCGUCGUACGGAGACCAAUAAGCAUCAUGUCCAAACGUACCGUCUUCACCCAUAUCACGCCCCUGCCGGCAGGCCUCAGCCGUGCAACGGUCAUGGAAACCCUCCACAAUCACUUCGCAAUGAUCGAUCUGAACCCACUUGUCAUCGGCCGCGUCCCAUGCGAACCGCCAGUAUAUGCGACUCCCGAAGAACUCCACUGUAAAUGGUACGCGAUUACCGAUCUCAUUCAUUACCUUCCCGGCGGUGCCAUCUCUGGCAAGCUUACCUACCACGGUUGCUUUCACGACCUCGACAAUGGCCUUCAGACCCACGUUUUCGCGCCAAUGGGCCUCAACAUCAAGGGGAAGUGGACAUUGGGGGGCUCGUUACCAGGCGAGCCGCGGCCAAUCGUGGAGUUGGGUAUCGACGCUCCGAAGGAGGGACUCUACCUGCGGGAAGACGUUGAUAUGAAGUGCAAUAUCAUGAUGACGUCCUUUGUCAAGAAGACCCUGAAGAAGGCGCAUUCGGGGUUGGUAGACACAAUUAUUGCCGGGGCACCUCUGAGCGAGACUCGUAAAGAUGGACCACCGGGGUGUUUCACCGGAGCCGGCUCGUCAUCACUAGGAGCAUAUGGAUAUCCGGUCGGAUAUACGGGCGUUGACAGGCCGCUCCCUGAGCUACCUCCAUCACACCCUCCUGGUGUCGGUUCCGCGCAGAAUUUCCCGGCCCAACGUCCUGGAGAGAUGAAUCAACCAAGGCCUUAUCCACAUGACAAACACCCUGCUGAACUUCCCGGUUCCAACUAGUGAGGGUGUGAGAUGCGGAGGGCGACCUCAGUAGCAGAAAUAGGAGCAUUACCAAGGCUGUGCUGCAUACUCAAGAUCUUGUCCUUCAAGCGGCGGCGUUUCUGGUGUUCCAGUGUCGAGUUAGUUGACUACCCGUUCAGCAUAGCGAGAUGUCGGGCGUCCUUUUUUAUCAAUUCAAUACUUUAU